AUUAUCAGCCAACAAGGCAACGAUAAGCCCACUUUAUCCACUCAACUCCAACGUGGCUCCAAACUAUUGACCAAUUAUCCAUCCAUGCAAUCCUUCACUUCAUCUCAUUUCCAACUACUAAACCCCCACCACUCCUUAACAAAAUCUUACAUCCACCACCACAAGCCAGCCUCCUCCACUUCUCUCAUUCACUCACCCCCCUUCUGCCACUUGCCCUCAACUAUACACCAAAAAUGGCAGCCACAUUUGCAAGCCUAUCCACCGUCAUUGGCCUUGGCACCACCACCUCGCUCUCAUCAACCCCCGCAAAGAAAAUCUGCCUCUCUUCAGAAUUUUUGAAACCCCGGGUGACGGCUAGGAACCCUUUGAUGGUGGCUGGUGCUUGUAGGGAAAAGGUCAUAUGCUUUAAGGGGGACUGGCUGCGUACGGACUUUAAUGUGAUAGGAUUUGGUCUGAUUGGGUGGAUAGCUCCAUCAUGCAUACCGGCAAUCAAUGGGAAGAGCUUGACUGGGCUUUUCUUUGAGAGCAUCGGAGCCGAGCUCGCUCACUUCCCUUCUCCACCUCCUCUUACUUCUCAGUUCUGGUUGUGGUUGCUACUGUGGCACAUAGGACUGUUCAUCACUCUUACUUUUGGACAAAUUGGAUUCAAGGGAAGGACUGACGAUUACUUUUGAAUGACAUGUUUUUGUUUUCUUUAACUCCCUUUUCUCAUCAUUCUCUUCGCUUUCUUCCAUUCUGUAAAAAUAUGUAGUUAUUGUAUUCACGUUUCCUUUCUUUCCUUUCAAUGCAAAAGUAGGAUUCUCCUAAAGAAAAUAACUCUGUUUCUUUUGACUUUGGGGAAGAAAGAAUAAAGGUUUUGCUUUCCAAACUUUGUUAUUUCGUAUUAUAAAUUAACAUCUUUGGGUAUA